GGUGAAAUCGAUCCCUUUCCAUCCGUAUCCCGCCCGUCGACUUCUCUCGCCAUAGCGCUUUCACCAUGGCGCUCGACAGCUUCUUCCACAACAAGAUCGAGAGCAUGAAGCUCGAGAUCAUCCAAGGCCAAGCCGUUCUGCGCAGACUGGAAGCCCAGAGGAAUGACUACAACUCCAGAGUGCGCCUGCUCAGAGAGGAGCUUGGGUUAUUACAACAACCGGGAUCAUAUGUCGGGGAGGUCGUGAAAGUGAUGGGAACGAAGAAGGUCCUGGUCAAGGUUCACCCCGAAGGCAAAUAUGUCGUUGAUAUUUCGGAUAACGUCGACAUAUCCAAGCUCACUGUUGGCAAAAGAGUCACCCUUCUAUCGGAUUCUUACAAACUCGAAAAGAUGCUUCCAUCCUCCGUCGACCCUCUCGUAUCCCUGAUGAUGGUGGAGAAGGUGCCUGAUAGUACCUACGACAUGAUUGGUGGUCUGGACCAGCAAAUCAAGGAGAUCAAGGAGGUUAUCGAGCUCGGUCUCAAGCAUCCCGAGCUCUUUGAAUCUCUGGGUAUAGCGCAACCCAAGGGUGUUCUUCUCUACGGUCCUCCCGGAACCGGAAAGACUCUAUUAGCAAGAGCUGUUGCCCAUCAUACCGACUGCAAGUUCAUCCGAGUAUCAGGAUCCGAGCUUGUGCAAAAAUACAUCGGAGAAGGUUCAAGAAUGGUGCGCGAACUUUUCAUCAUGGCGAGAGAGCAUGCUCCAUCUAUUAUAUUCAUGGAUGAGAUCGAUUCGAUUGGAUCAUCUCGUGUAGAAGGAUCAUCAGGUGGCGAUUCCGAAGUUCAGAGAACCAUGUUGGAAUUGCUCAACCAACUUGACGGUUUCGAACCUACCAAAAACAUCAAGGUCAUCAUGGCUACCAACCGUCUGGAUAUCUUGGAUCCGGCGCUAUUGCGACCGGGACGUAUCGACCGAAAGAUCGAGUUCCCACCUCCAACCGUUGAGGCACGCGCAGACAUUCUGCGCAUCCACAGUAGAAGUAUGAACUUGACUCGUGGUAUCAACUUGACCAAGAUCGCGGAGAAGAUGAAUGGAUGCUCUGGUGCUGAGUUGAAGGGUGUCUGCACAGAGGCAGGAAUGUACGCUUUGAGGGAGAGGCGGGUGCAUGUCACGCAGGAGGAUUUCGACCUGGCGACGGCGAAGGUCCUCAACAAGCACGACGAUAAAGAGGUCAGCUUAGGCAAGCUUUGGAAGUAGAAGAGCGGUGAGGGAUCCACAUGUAUAACAGCACGAGAUAGAAGAAAUUCAAGGUGGGCAGUAUCAGCACAAAGCACAGCGGCCUGUGGCCUCCAACCGUCGAAGAGCGGUCAGAUCUUGAUAGGUGACUCUGGUUGAAUUGAUCCCUUCACUUCAGACGGCAUUGGAUCCAUUUUGAAAGUGUUUUCCCCCAAGAGUGGCGGGCUCACGAUCCUCAAGAGGUCGGUCGGUUUCC